CCGUUGUGGCAGCGGCGGAGACCCGUAGGUCCGGGGCCCGGGUCGGUGGCCCGGGAGGAGAGGGAUAGGACGGAGCGAGGGGCGGAAGGGCAUCACCAUGGGCUCGGGCGUGAUUCAGAUCCCCAGCCGGCUCCCGCUGCUCCUCACCAACGAGGGGGUUUUGCUGCCGGGCUCUUCGCUGCGCCUCAGCGUUGAGACCCCGCGGAACAUCCAGCUGGUGAAGAGCCGGCUGCUGAGGGGCAGCUCGGUGCGCAGCACCAUCAUCGGCGUCGUCCCCAGCACCAGGGACCCCGACAGCGAGGCCCAGGACCUGCCGCAUCUGCACAGGAUUGGAACAGCUGGUAUUGCGGUACAGAUAGUCGGCAGUAAUUGGCCGAAGCCACAUUAUACUCUGUUGAUCACAGGCCUUUGUCGGUUUAACAUACUUGAGGUUGUGAAGGAGAAACCAUUUCCAGUGGCUAAAGUGGAACAACUUGAUCGCCUGGAGCAAUACACCAAUGGUAUAGGGGAGUUGAAUGACCUUUCGCAAGAGUUCUAUAAAUAUGCAGUUCAGCUGGUGGAGAUGUUGGAUAUGUCAGUACCAGUGGUUGCCAAGCUGAGACACUUGCUGGAUAGCCUUCCUAAAGAAACAUUGCCUGACAUCUUAGCAUCAAUUAUCCGUACAAGUGCUAAUGAAAAGCUGCAGAUACUGGAUGCUGUUGGUUUAGAAGAGAGAUUUAAGAAGACCAUUCCAUUGCUUGUUCGGCAAAUUGAAGGACUAAAAUUACUUCAAAAAACUCGGAAAUCAAAGCCAAGUGAUGAAAAGCGGAUCGUGGCCAUCCGACCUAUUCGAAAAAACAAUCAAAUUCUAGGACGACCACUGCAUUUGGAUGCACUUGAGCAGGAAGAUGAUGAUGAUGGUGAUGACAGUGAUGAUAUUGCCAUAUUGGAGAAAAAGAUUAAAAGUGCAAAUAUGCCAGAGCAAGCAAUGAAAGUUUGCAUCAAGGAGAUCAAAAGGUUAAAAAAGAUGCCUCAGUCAAUGCCAGAGUUUGCUUUGACCCGGAAUUAUCUGGAACUAAUGGUGGAACUGCCAUGGAACAAAAGCACAACGGAUCAUCUAGACCUUCGUGCUGCAAGAGUUUUACUUGACAGUGACCAUUAUGCGAUGCAGAAGCUCAAACAGAGGGUGUUGGAGUAUCUUGCUGUUAGACAACUUAAAAACAAUUUGAAAGGACCUAUCCUCUGCUUUGUGGGACCUCCAGGCGUGGGCAAGACCAGCGUGGGCAGAUCCAUAGCGAAGACCCUCGGCAGGGAGUUUUACAGGAUAGCAUUGGGUGGAGUAUGUGAUCAGUCUGACAUUCGUGGUCACAGGAGAACAUAUGUGGGUAGCAUGCCUGGCAGAAUUGUCAAUGGUUUAAGGACUGUUGGUGUGAAUAAUCCAGUGUUCCUGCUAGAUGAAAUAGAUAAAUUAGGAAAAAGUCUACAAGGAGACCCUGCAGCAGCUCUGUUGGAGGUGUUAGAUCCUGAGCAGAAUCAUAGUUUCACUGACCACUAUUUGAAUGUCUCCUUUGACCUAUCCCAAGUGCUUUUCAUAGCUACUGCCAACACUACUGCUACCAUCCCUCCAGCUUUACUUGAUAGAAUGGAACUCAUCCAAGUGCCAGGCUAUAUUCAGGAGGAGAAGAUCGAAAUUGCUCACAGGCAUUUGAUUCCUAAACAAUUGGAGUUACAUGGGCUAACACCCCAACAGAUUCAAAUUCAACAUGAAGCAACUGAAGGCAUCAUUAGCAGAUAUACCAGGGAAGCAGGAGUACGCUCCCUCGAACGGAAGAUAGGUGCCAUUUGUCGUGCUGUGGCUGUAAAAGUGGCAGAAAGUCAACAUAAGGUUACAAAAUCUAGUUGCACGCCAGUAACUGAGAAAGAAGACAAAGAGUGUGUCCCCGAGGAGACCAAAGAUGAAUCUAUCGGUGAUGUAACAGAUUUUGCAUUGCCACCUGAAAUGCCAAUUGUGAUUGAUAGGCAUGCAUUGAAAGACAUUCUGGGACCCCCCAUUUAUGAAAUGGAGGUAUCCCAGCGCCUGAGCCAGCCUGGGGUGGCAAUAGGCUUGGCCUGGACACCACUGGGUGGUGAGAUAAUGUUUGUGGAAGCAAGUCGAAUGGAAGGAGAGGGCCAGCUCACUUUAACAGGGCAAUUAGGAGAUGUUAUGAAGGAAUCAGCCCAUCUCGCAAUAAGUUGGUUACGCAGCAAUGCUAAGAAAUACCACUUAACAAAUGCUGCUGGAAGCUUUGAUCUUCUUGACAACACAGACAUACAUUUGCACUUUCCAGCUGGAGCCGUCACAAAAGAUGGACCAUCUGCUGGAGUUACUAUAGUAACCUGCCUUGCCUCUCUGUUCAGUGGCCAUUUAGUACGCUCUGAUGUCGCUAUGACAGGUGAAAUAACGCUCCGAGGACUUGUUCUCCCAGUGGGCGGAAUAAAGGAUAAAGUUUUAGCUGCACAUAGAGCCGGUCUAAAGAGAGUCAUUCUACCAAAGAGAAAUGAGAAGGACCUUGAUGAGAUUCCUGCCAACAUGAGAGAAGAUUUGGAUUUUAUAACUGCUUUUUGCUUAGACGAUGUACUUAAUGCUGCAUUUGAUGGAGGAUUUCCAGCUGAGUCAAGGCAUAGUAUUUUAAAUAGUAAACUCUAAGGUUAUUGCCACUUAAAACAGCUUCCACUGUUGGCUUAACAUUAAUGCAACUGACUUACAAUUCUUGCAGAAGUUGUUGUGCUGAGUCAAGACUGUCAUACAGUGCUAGUUUUCUAGCCUUUCACAGAUUCCUGUCAAAAGGAAGGUGCAGUGUGUAGGCCAAAUACUUACCAUGAACAAUGAGAGAGAAAAAGUUUUCAAACACAGUACAUACUUCUGGUGGUUAACUUGGAACUUAUCAGUAGGCAUCUUGAUGUAUGGUCUAAAGAUAAAGAAUAUAAAAUGGAUAAAGUUAAAUUGUACAUUAGAUGAUUUUGGCAAAAUACCUAAAAGUAGGGUUUAAUAGAUAUUGCUGUUAUAUUUCUGACAUGUCUAAUUCCAUGGAAGUUGUAUAAUGAAGAAACCUAUUUUGAGCUUGUUUAGCUACACUGAUGCUUAAAAUUAUUGUACUUGUCUUAUUCAAAAGUUGGCUAAUUUAUGCAGUGCUGGUCCCAACUGUUAAUUACUAUAAUCUGUAAAAAUCUAAUCCUUAUGCCACCACAUUUUUCUCCAACAUAUUUGCACCUUUAUCCAUCAUUUUAACCCAUUUCAUUCUGAAUAUUAUUUUAAAUUCCUGAACUGUGCAAACUAUUCUUCAUCCUCAGUAUUCAGGAACUGAAUUACAUUUAUCCACCAGUGACUGACAGCAUUAGCCAUGUCAUAAUUGUAAAAUCUGCUCCACUACUUGACAUGCAGAACCUAAGUCUGUGGAAAGGUGUGUUAUGAACCAACAGGAAAUUGCAAAGCCAUUACCCAGGCAGCAGUCUGCGUGAGAAACAUUGUGGCACAGGAUUACAUUAAAUUUACCCUUAAAAGUGCAGCCUGCCUCAUUUCUGCAAAAUCCUUGUGCUGAACAUGAUACACAAACAGCACUGCAAAUAUGCACCCCUUGUACUCCCCAACAGGUUAGUUUUUCUCUCUAGUACAGCCUGGCCUGCUGGACAUAGCCUAUGGCCCUGCUAUUAGCAAUACUUAAAGCAGCAUACUCUAAUUCUAACUGCCACAUUAACACAUUUGGUCUCACCCUGAAAGAUAUUCUCUUUGUUCUAUCCAUCCAUCCCUUAUCUUCUCUGCAACUGAAACUAUUUCUUGCCCAUAUUGGUUUCACGCCUGAAAAACUGGACAAAUGAUUACCAUUAUUAAUGAUACUGAUUGUCCUUGACUGCUAGCAGUCAGGAUUUGCCAACAACAUGCUCAGUGCCCAGUUUGGGUGUCAUUAGGAUCACUCAUUUCCAGGUUUCUUCAUGGUCUUGACUGGAACACUGACAGCUGAAUUCCAAUGAUGGGGCAAGAAUGACUGCCCUUGAUAUCAAGACAGUAUUUGAUCAAGUGUAGCAGCAAGGAGCCCUGGUAAAAGUGAAAGUCAAAAAGCCUGUUUUCCAUUUGAUGUUCAAUGGUAAAAGUCAUACCUUACAGAAACAUCUGCUUGUGGUUGUUGAAGGUCAAUGAUCCCAGCUGCAGGACAUCAGGGCAGUAUCCUGGGCUGAACAUCUUUAGUUUAUUCACCAUGACCUUCAGUUAAUCAAAGGUCAGAAGUGGGGAUGUUCAAUGAUUGUUCAAUUUCAUUCACAAUUUCUCAGCAACUGGCAGUUCAUGUCUGCAAGCAGCAAGACCUAGACAACAUUCAUGCACGGCCAGAUAAAUGACAUAAAAUAUUAAUGCCAGCAAUGCAAUGCCCAUCCCCAACAAGUGACCACAACUAUACCCAGAAACUGGACCAGCCACAGGUCAGUUUGGGUAUCCUGUGGUGACUGACACUUGGUACCCAUUCUUUGUUGUAAAUAGUUCACAAAGCUUUAUGCUUUUUGUCAGUUUAGACUAUGGCUUUAUACAAGUGAUGCCAGUCACUAAACAAUUAUGACAGAGCCCUUUUCUAUGCCUUAUCUAUCCAGUUAGUUUCACAAUCUUGCCUUUCUCUCAUAGCUCCAACUUUGAGAGUAAAUUAUUUUCAGUUUUGUUUCAUAAAUGACUAUUGAAUAUGCUACCAUAGCCUUCACUAUUCAACUGAUAACAAUAUCAACAUAAUACAUCAUUGAUAUUCAAGUGAAUGUGCUCUGCAUCUCUUCCAGAGGCUUGGCAAACUUGCCCCUCCAAAGAUUUAGGCACAUGGUAGCCCAGGUCCAUUUCUGUACCCCAUUAAAAAUAGCAUCAUUUGAAGUAAUCCUGUCAUACAUUAUACUGUAAUUAUGGUUCAUCUCCACAAUUCUUAUUCUUCAGCAUAUAAAUCUCCAAAUUUGAAUUCUGAACCAUAUGUAAAUCCAGGACCAACCACCCUAAUACCAUUUAUUUUUGCUGGUGUGGAAAUAAGAAUAGAGGAGGAAAAGUGAAGUAACAAUGUUUGCUAUUUUAUUCUGGAAACAACCUUUCACUACUAUUUUUUUGUCUCAGCUAAUUUAGUAUCAAGCCCUACUCCAAAUUUAAUCCCACUUGCUUUUUUCCCCUCCCAAAAUUUGUAACAUUGAACAAAUAUCUUAAAGUUGAUUGUCAUGGAGAUUCAAUAUCAAGACUUAUUUUCAAAAAGCAUUAUACUAUCAAAUGAUCAAUUUUACCGGGAAUGAAGUUUUGCGUAAAAUCACAAAAUUUUACUUGGUACUUCGGGUCACAAUCCACAUCGGGGAAAACAAAUCUGAUGCACUAAUGUCAGGUGUGCACAUUGUGAUGUCAAUCAUUAUGCAAUAAAAAAUUCAAUUCUAAAACUC